AUGAUUCUAUUACAUCAAUUAUAUACAUUAUGGUAUGGAUAUUAUACAAAUAAAAUUAAUUUAUUAUCAGGAUUAUUAAUUCAUUUAUUAAUAAAUUUAUUAUCAAUUAAUUAUUGUAUUGAAAGUACUACAGUGACAACUGGAUCAUGUUUUGCAAAACGUUUAAAUAGUGGUAAUUGUAUUGGAUUAAUGGAAGAGAGUAUAUCACAAUUAGAAUGUUGUAAACGUGGUGGAUUCUAUUUAAAUCGUCAAAUAACUCAACAAGAAUAUUUAACGGAUCAUUUAUUAUUUGAAUCUGGUACACCAAAUUGUGUUCAAGCAUGUAAUGAAGAAUUACCUUCAACAUGUAAAGGAUAUGUAUGUCCUGAAGGACAUUAUUGUCGUAUGAUUAAUAAUGAACCAAAAUGUAAAUGUCGUUUACAAUGUAAUACAGCUGAUUAUUUAACUGGUCCAUUAUGUACAACUAAUUUAAGACGAUUUCAUAAUCAAUGUCAUUUAAAACAAGCACGUUGUAAAUUACCAAAAGAAAGUCUUGAAGUAAUUCCAUGUCCUGAUGAAGGUUUACGAUGUUCAGAUUUAAGUAUAUUAUCUGAAAAAAAUUUGAAUUUAAAUACAUUAUUUAAAACAUUAUAUAAUGAAUUAGAUAAUGAAAAAGAUGUUUCGUCAUUAUCAUCAUCAUUAUCAUCAUCAACUUCAUCAACUUCAACAACAAAUACAAUACGAUCCUCAUUAUCAUCACCAUCAUCAUCAUCAUCAUCAUCAUCAUCCUCCUCCUCAUCCACAACAGAUCAUCAAGACUAUACAGAUAAUUUAAAUGAUAAUAUCAUUAUUAUGAAUCGUAGAACAUCCACUGAUUUUAAUCCAUAUAUUACAAAUAUAGAUGAAUCAAUUUAUGAUGAGAAAACAAUUUAUUCUAAUGAUGAAUUAACUAAAGAAUUAAUAUGUAAUACAAAUGAAUAUUGUUUAUUACGUCAAUUUGAUGGACGUCCAUCUUGUGAAUAUUGGAAUGAACAAUCAUGGAAAACAUUAAAUAAUUGUCCAGAAUCAACAUUUCAUGAACCAAUAUGUAGUACUAAUAAUCAAACAUAUUAUAAUAGUUGUGAUCUUAAAUUAGCUGGAUUAAAAAAUCAAUUAGAAGUAAGAAUUGCUUAUAAAGGAGAAUGUAGAAGUAAAGCUACAUGUUCUAAUAUACAAUGUCCAAGAGCUGAAAUGAGAUGUAGUCCACAUCAUUUAACUGGUCAACCAAUUUGUAUGGAUUGUGCUAAACUACCAUUAGAUUGUAAUGCAUCAUUUAGAAAUGGACAAGAAACAUUAACUUCAACAUCAUCAUCAUCAUCAUCAUCGUCGUCGUCUGCAGGUAUACCAGGUAAAAGAAGAACACAAGUAUUUGGUGAUCCUGUUUGGAAGACACCAGUUCAAACAUAUGGUUGGCCAGUUGUUUGUGGAUCAAAUGGAAAAACUUAUCGUAAUACUUGUUUUCUUCAUGUUGUCAAUUGUUUAAGUGAUAAAUUUGUUGAAUUGAAAAAACCAGAAUUUUGUAGUGAAACUAUUCCAUCAAGACAUAAUGAUUGGAGUAGACAUUUUGGAAAAUUAUCAACUUUAUUCUAAUCAUAAACAGAUAGAGUUAUUGACAACAAUAGUUAAUCAAUAAAUCAAUAAAUCAAUGAAUCAAUCAAUCAAUCGAUUAAUCAAGAUUCUUUUAUCAAUUACUUUAUCUAAAAUUUGACAAAUGAAACUCGAAAAACAAACAAACAAACAAACAUACAAACAAACAAAAUCAGAACUAUUUACAUGACAUAACAUUGAACUAUUAAAGAGAUACAUAUUGAAUGUGUAAAAUUGUGCAAAAUAGAAUGCAAUUUACUUAGCACAAUUAAAUGCUAAUGAAAAAUAAAAAUAAAAAUUAUAUGCAUUUGCUUUGAUUGAUUUUCUUUUUGAGUUUAUGAUUAUGAUUGUUUAUU